AUGCUUUCUUGGCUGUAUACUACUUCAUUACUUGCUUCUUUUGUAUCUUACUAUGAUGGUUUACCUAUUUUUAUAAAUCCCCUGUAUCAAGUACCCAACUCUACCAUAUUGACAGGCCAUACCAACUACCUAACUGUACAUGAGAUCGACUUCAAGGCCAACACCCAAUGA